UACCAUUAUACAAAUGCUAUGAUAUAAAUCUGUAUGAAUGUACACUAAUACACUGAAAUUUUAUACAUUUGUCUUAAAACUAUCAGAUUGUUGUCAUUCUAUAGGAGGGAACGGGUCAAAUAUUCUCAAACAGUGUGUGUUACCAGAUUAAAUAUUGUUUUCGCUAUAAAGUUUGAUCGUUCUUUAAGCUGUGGUAACGUAUGUAAAAGGAAGUACAGAAUAAAACAUGAUUUCUAUAAGUUUUGAAAGUUUUGGAAUAGAUAACGCUAUGAACAUAAGACCAAGAUGGAUAUAAGGUGAAACAGGGACUGGCAUCAUGUCCGGGGAUACAAGCAACAGGACGCCCCGGUCACGGAGGAGGAUGCCCAGGAUGAAGGGUGCGGCUGUUCAAUGUUGUAUGUGUAUAACCGGGGUGUUUAUGUUCCUAGGUGGAGUUAUAAUGCUCGCUACCGGAAUUACUCUAAUACUCAACUAUGGUUUUUUCGAUGAAAAUCUUCUUCCACCUGAUCUUCAAAAUGAAGAAGGUAAAAAGACUGUCGGUAUCAUUUUGACAUGUUGCGGGGUAUUAGCCAUCUUAAUAAGUGUCAUAGUUAGUGUUUUGUAUUUUUGCGCGCAAUCGAAAUCAUCAGCAAUCAAUCCGAAUGAGCUGAGCAGAAUUCCAGCGUCUGCUCGAAACACUACUCCAGAUAGCUUAGGUCGAAGUCGAACAGACAGACGGACACAUUCUAAAAUUAGCACUGUAUCAAACGGAUCUGCUAGACCUGCGCAUCCGAAACAAAUACCAGGCUCGGCAGAGGUAAAACUUCCACGUGCGGCAUAUAAAAAGGGCAGACAUAGGAAAAACCAUCCGCGUCAUGUUAGACGGCUGGAAGAAAUCAAGGAACAAGACGCAAUAUCUAGAAAAACUGUAGACGGUACGUUUAUAAACGAGGGUUACGAUGAAAAUGAUACUCCAAGAAGCGGGUCGUUUUCAAGUGAAAUGACACUAGACGACCAAAAUAAGAAUCCUAAAGUGAUAUUUAAUGAUAAUGAUAAUAGACCACCUAGUGCAUGUAGCGCCACAACAUCUCAAACUAGUGAUCUAAGUAAUGAGAGAUAUGCUGAAAAUAUGAAAUCAAGGCGGGAAUUGCAAUUUCUCCCCGAUAAUACUGUACAUUAUAGGGAUAUAAACGAGACCGUUUCUAAAGAUAGUGGUUCAUUAGAACGUUAUGAUGAAACUUCACUUCAGGAUAACAAAAUUUCUGACGAGUGUUCAAUAACUAGUGAUAGUCUCCGAAAUCCUGCACUUUUAAAUAGCACCACACCUUCUGAUAUAAGUAAUAACACUCUUACUAAUUCCGCUGGCGGAAUGAUGAAUGAAGAUGGUGCUGCUCAAACUUUUCAACCCGAUAGUUAUAAAGCGUCUCACUACACAGAGUUACAUGGGGAGCAGACGACUGGUCGAAUAUCACCUCAAAUUGGAGAAGUUGAAACAUUUACUUCUGUUGAAGCUCAAAGGAGUCCAGAUUUAAGAUAGAAAUUUAUUGCCAGAAAAAAUGUUACUAUAGUGCAACAAUGGGAAAUUAGGAGUAAAAUAUAUGCCAAGUAUCGGUUUGUUCGGCACGAGAUGGUAUGAGCAGUAUAUUGUGAACAGAGUGGUUUGCGCUGUUUAAACAACAUGAAAUUAAGCUUGCAAGUUCUUGCUGUUAAAUAAUCAUUCCUAAAAUGCCCAUUUGGCUUUAUUAGGAGAAUUUCCAGAUAAUGAUUUAGAUGUAGUUACACAAAACAAAGUAACACAACAAUUGAAUAAUAUAAAAUCCAUACCACAUGACAAUUUUGGGGCAUUAUUGCUAUGUCUCAUUUGCGAAUCAUAGGUUUAUAUUUUUGAGACAUGUUUUAGAGUUUUCAUGACAAUGUUAAAUAUUUUGCAAAAAAAAGUUAGUUUUUUUUACAUUUUAGACAAUCAUUAUUUUGGUUGGAACUAAGGAGCCUCGAGGUUAUAUUUAUAUCAAAUUAUCAGUUCCCGUCCAGAACUCAGUUUGCUAAUUUGAGACUAUAAUUUUAUAUCAGGGUUAGCCUAACUUUAUUUAUAUUUAUGCAACAAACUAACUCUGCUGUGUUUUUACUGUAAUAGUUUAUAUUAUAGUGAUUUAUAUAUGAUGAAGAUUUUUCAACAGGAUUGGAAUAUUACUAUAUAUUGUAACAUGAAUAUAAAGUAUCAACAGUGUAUUCAGUAAUGUACUGGAAUGGUAUGAUUGAUGUUAUAUAUAAAACCAUUCUAGAAUUACCAGUGUCAGGUAUAUUUAAUGAUUGCUAGCGGGGGAUUGUUAUAUAUACGUAAACACAUUACUGAUCCUAUAUCUGACUACUGUAACAUCCUUAAUAUUUAAUUGAUUUAAAUUCCCAGUUGUCUGAGUACAUAUUUAUAAACUAUAGUAAAUGUAAACUGUGAAUCUCUUUGUGGCCAGUUGUAAAUCAUAAAGCUACAUGUAUUAUGUUUCAUGUAUAAUUUUUACAGCAGAUUUAUACAGUAAAACAGGCUUACAAUUUAUUGCUUACAAUUGUUUAAUAUAUUUACCACAGGAUUUAUAUUAAUUCUUUUCAAUAGAAAAAUAAAUAAAUAGAAGUAAGAAUGAUUUGUAAGUUAGAAUGUCCUCUAGAUCUAUAACUGAAACUUGUUUUUUUUGUAAUCUUUAGAUCUAUUGCAGUCUAUUAUUUUGUGGAAGAUUAUGCUGCAUAAGUUUGAAUUAAAAUUGAAACAAAUCCUGUAAACUUGGUGAUAAAUACACUGUAGCAAGAGUAUGUAUGUUAUAGUGAUAAAGUUAAUGUGUCACAUGUACAAGAUAGCCAAAUAAUUUUGAAUGAUUUUGAUGUUCAGUUCUGCUGCAAGAUGGAAAUGUAUAUAUAAAUGUAAAAGCUUAUAUGUACAUGUUAAAGCUAAUAUAUACAUGUAAAAACUAUAAACUAUCACAAUUUCAACGGCCAGGACAAGUUCAAAGUUCUGUUACUCAAUCUAUACUUUCACAACUUCUCCACCAUUUGUAGUAUUAGUUAAGGUGGUGGAGAUGUAUAAACAUAGGAUAGUAAUAGGACAUGUAUGUUCAACUAGUCUUGUAACAAUACAAACUUGUAUAUUGUCAUAUAGAUUAUUAAUGAUAUAAGCAAUUCAUUAUUAAUAAGUUAAGGUCGUUAUUCAUUGAUUGUGUUAUUUUCUACCUUCUCUCAUUGAUCUUGUAGAACAGUUGUUUGUGUUAAGAAAAACGUUAUGAAUGUUAUCUUACUACAGAACAGAAUAAAUAACAGCUAUUGUGUGAACAGUGCAUGUAUACAAUCAAUAUUUUCUUACUUUGUUUAUGAAUAUUUGAUCUGUUAUAGUGACAUGGUCAGAACUACUGUACUUUUUCUCUGAGGCCAUACCAUACAGGCCGAUAUAUACAUAAAUCUUACUUGAAAGAGACUUGAAAAUGUACCCAGUGAUUGAUUGAUGUUACAAAGGACUUGUUUUAAGUCUUCUGUUACUUGGUUAUGCAUUAUAAAGUAUGUUUUAUCUUUUGAUGUUAAAGUUGAAUUGUUAUGAAAGGUGAUAUUUUAAGUACUAAAUUAAAAUAGUUUUAGAAUCUGUUUAAAUUGUUCUAUAUUUUGACAUGCAUAUAUAGAACAGACUUAUAAAAUUCUUUUGUAUUUUAAGGUUGUUCCAACUUUUUUGUCUCAGUGAUUGAUCUUUUGGGUGUGAACUCAGAAGUCAAAAUUAUAUAGUUUGUUUGUUAUGUUAAAAUCUAGUUAUUAGUUGUUUGUGUUUAAAAGAUUAUUUUGUAUCCUGUAAUUUAAUUACUUAGCUAGUUGAAAUGUUUAAUUGUAUUUCAUUAUAAAUCAGCGAAAAUGUAUGUGUACAGUAAAUCAAGCCAACGGUCUACUCACAUUGGCAGAACCCGGACAUAAUCGUGUUUAGGAUGUUAUUAUGAAGUCUAAAACAAUAUUGGCUGUCAUGAUACCAUAGAGUUUUUAAGGUAUUGUGAGUUUGAUAAUUGUAUUUAGCCAAAUUUAUAAAUUUCCCCAUUCACCUUCUAUUGGAUAUAUAUAAAAUAUAUGAGUAAUUGUUAAUUUUUCAUUACCAGUAUAUAUUUUACAAUAUAUCUCUAUAUCAGGUUAAUUUGUUAUUUCAAACUUCCUUAUCUGUUACCAUUGAAGACAUUAUUUCCAAUUGUUAUACCGUGUUUUAGAUAUUGAACAUUUGAGGUUAACAGUUAAACGCCUGACAUAAGAAAGAUAAAACUUGUGUAUAGUGUGUAACAUGUGUUAUAAAAACAAAUGAACAUAUGCUAUAAAAAUCAACUGCAUGUCCAUGUAUACAGAAGGUGGAUGGACAAAUAUAUAUUGUCAAAAUGUAAUAGUCCCAUUGUUUAUUUCAUUAAAAAAUCAAUUAUUAAUCAAUUGGCUAUAAUUUUCAAUUAUUGUUAAAAUAUAAAGAUAAUGAAUUAUGUUGUAAUUCAAUGUUUUUACUUCUCAAUGUGGUAAAAUAGUUUAUUGAAUUCACAUCAAUUGCUAACAAUCAUGUAUACUUUAACAAUCUAAUAUUUAUUUUUUAAUGCUCAAAUUUAUUUAAAUUUAGUUAAAUUAUUAAUGGUUCAUUUACAAUAAGCUCAAUAUAAAUAUACAUGUAUAUAAGACAACAAAUCUAGAUUCACAUGUACAGCAAUAUAGAUGACAAACCUAGACCAACAUGUACACCAAUAUAGAUGACAAACCUAGACCAACAUGUACACCAAUAUACAUGACAAACCUAGACCAACAUGUACACCAAUAUACAUGAGAAACCUAGACCAACAUGUACACCAAUAUACAUGAGAAACCUUGACCAACAUGUACACCAAUAUACGUGACAAACCUAGACCAACAUGUAUACCAAUAUACAUGACAAACCUAGACCAACAUGUACACCAAUAUACAUGACAAACCUAGACCAACAUGUACACCAAUAUACAUGACAAACCUAGACCAACAUGUACACCAAUAUACAUGACAAACCUAGACCAACAUGUACACCAAUAUACAUGAGAAACCUAGACCAACAUGUACACCAAUAUACAUGACAAACCUAGACCAACAUGUACACCAAUAUACAUGACAAACCUAGACCAACAUGUACACCAAUAUACAUGAGAAACCUAGACCAACAUGUACACCAAUAUACGUGACAAACCUAGACCAACAUGUACACCAAUAUACAUGACAAACCUAGACCAACAUGUACACCAAUAUACGUGACAAACCUAGACCAACAUGUACACCAAUAUACAUGACAAACCUAGACCAACAUGUACACCAAUAUACAUGACAAACCUAGACCAACAUGUACACCAAUAUACAUGACAAACCUAGAUUCAUGUAUACACCAAUAUACAUGAGAAACUAAACCAGCUUAUCACUGACGCAAAAGGUACACUUACAUGACAAGCUUUGUAUUACAUGUUACCCAGGAUUCUCAUGUUCACUCCUAUACAUGACAAUACCAUGAGGUACAUUUACACUUCUACACAGGACAAUAUCAUGAGUGCCAUGUACACUUCUAUACAUGACAAAACCAUGAGUGACAUGUACACUUUCUAGACAUGACAAUACCAUGAGAGACAUGUACACUUCUAGACACGACAAUACCAUGAGUGACUUGUACACUCCUAUACAUGACAAUACCACGAGUGACAUGUGCACUUUUAGACAUGACAAUAUCAUGAGUGACAUGUACACUCCUAUACAUGACAGUACCAUGAGUGACAUGUACACUUCUAGACACGACAAUACCAUGAGGGACAUGUACACUUUUAUACAUGACAAUACCAUGAGGGACAUGUACACUUCUAGACAUAACAAUACCAUGAGUGACAUGUGCAAUCCUAUACAUGACAAUACCAUGAGUGACAUGCAUCCUUAUAUACAUGACAAUACCAUGAGGGACAUGUACACUGCUAACAAUAACCUUUGAGUCACAUGGUUAUUUAUAAAUUAUGUAUUUUUUAAUACAUGACGUUUUGAUAAUUAAGAGUUUUAUUAUGAUAAUGUUAUUUGACAUUAUGAAAAUUCUGUUAAUUGAUAUAAAUUAUAAAUAUACAAGCUUUAACACACAUUAUCUACCAUUCUAUCAUUAUACGACCAUAUAUACUGGUGAUAUAUAAUGUUAUAUCACAUAUAGUCAACAUUAUAGUGUUAGAAGAUAAGAAGUAAAUAAUAAUAUCAUCCAUACAUCUGUCAUUAAUUUUACAUGUCUACCAAUGCAAUAUCAAUGGUGUACACCAAUCAACAAUGCAACUUAUUAUUAUUUUAUUUUUUUGUAGUUUACAAGGGCUACCUUUGAAGGUAUUUGAUUUAAUUUGUGCAUUAUUCAGGUGUGUCUGACCUUAGCUUAUAGUAUCAUAAAGUUAGCAUAACUUUUUUUCUAGUACAGUUACAUCUCUAUUGUUUCUACACUGAACAGAUGGAAAACCCCCACAGGGUUUUUUAAAUGUUUUAAGACUGGGUUUUUUAGGCUUCAAUCAUUUACCUAGAGGCUGAGGUCAAGAAUUGGGAUGAAUUAUAACUUCUGUCUAGGAAAUCAACCAGGUGAAAUGAGCCUUACAAUCCAUUGUCUGCUGCUUAUUAUUGACAAUAUGUUUUAGCCAGUAAUUGUCUGUAAUAUUUUAAGUCCAGACUUUAUAGGUAGGAUCAAGUUUAAUGAAUGUUUGAAAAACUAAAACACCAAAAAACAGACACACAACAGUCAAAUUAAAUUUGUUUGUUUUUCUACAUCCUUUAUAUUGUUCAGUUUUAAAUUAGUUUUGGGUUAAAACAUUUUGAAUGCAAAGUUUACCUUUUUCAGUUUAUUUUGUUUUUUUAUAGAAACAAGUAUUGUAAAAUGCUCAAUUUGAUGACAUUCCAGAUCAUGGCAAAAACUGACCAAUUUAUUUUAUCUUAGUUUUAGCUGAUAAAACAUUAUAAUUAAUGAAUAAUUGUUAUAGUGCCGUUUUAUCUAGAUUUCAGUUAUGACAUUUUGUAUUUUUCUAAACAUUAUUUUAUAUUUAUCUGUGUCCCUAUACAUACCAGCAAGUUGACUUGUUCAAUAUACAUAUACUAGUAUAUCAGGGUCUUUCAAAUGUAAAUUCCUAGAUACUUGUAUGAACUAUUUUUGAACUAAAGCUAAACUUUAUGAUUGUUGAAUUAGUAUGCUUGCUUUAUACCGCUUACUGUGAUGAUGUAUAAAUGUGGAUAAAAUGUCAAAUAUUUACUUUUUGUUAUUAUGUUAAAACAGUUUAUUGUGUUUAAAAUGUUAAUUAAAGACUAAUCUAUGACGACAUUACAUUAAAAGCUUUGUUUA